AUGGGUUUCAGCAAGUGGCGAGGCAAGGUGUCGGAACGGCCCAUCGUGGUCGAUGCCGUCGCAACUGGCAUUGACGGCGAGGUCAACCCCGACGCCGAGCUCAAGAAGUUCAAGAAGAUUCACAAGUGGGAUCCGUUCUUGGACAUCGACAAGCUCGACGAUGCCGACGAGGCUAUCGCGACUGGCGACUACGAGAAGGAGAAGGCCGUCGAGGCCGCCCUUCACGAGGACUCUCCCUACCCUGAGGUCCGGGCUUCGGUUCAACCUUUCGAUGACCCCGAUCUGCCCAUUAACACCAUCCGCGCCUGGACUAUUGGUGCCGUCAUGUGCACCAUCAUCGCGGCCUGCAACAUUCUGCUCGGUCUCCGUCGCUCUCCCAUCACCAUUACCGCAACCGUCGUCCAAUUGAUCUCCUACCCCAUGGGUGUCUACUGGGCCAAGGUCUUCCCCGACAAGACGUGGACCGUGUUCGGUCUUCAACUCCAGCUCAACCCCGGCCCGUUCAACGUCAAGGAACACACCAUCAUCACCAUGAUGACCGCCGCCGGUGCCACCGCCAGUUACGCCAUCGACAUUCUCCUCGCCCAGGAGCUGUUCUACGAGCAGUUCUUCGGCUGGGGCUUCCAGCUCCUGCUCAUCAUCUCGACCCAGGCCAUGGGUCUUGGAAUCGCCGGUAUCCUGCGCCGCUUCCUCGUCUGGCCCGCAGCGAUGGUGUGGCCCGCAACUCUGAUCACGACAACUGUCAUGCACUCUCUUCACGAUCACUCGUCGUCGGACCCAGCCCUUACCAACGGCUGGAGGAUAGGCCGCUACAAGUUCUUCCUCAUUGUGGCUGCCUGUACUUUCUUCUACGAGUGGAUCCCUGAAGUCAUUGCUCAGUUCCUCCAGAUCUUUACCUUCGUUUGCUGGAUUGCCCCCAACAACGUCGUCGUUAACCAGGUCUUUGGCGGCCAGACUGGUCUUGGUCUGAUCCCCAUCUCAUUCGACUGGAGUAUCAUUUCCGGAUACCUCUACUCUCCCCUCCAGACCCCCGCCUUUGCCAUUGCCAACGUUGGUGUCGGUAUCAUCAUCAUGAUGAUCGGCUGCAUCGGUCUUGCCUGGGGUGGUCCCGAUUUCUACCGCUACCUCCCUAUCAGCGCCAACUCCAACUUCGACCACUUCGCCACCUCCUACAACACCAGCCGCAUCCUGACUCCCGACUUCACCUUCAACGAGACUGCCUACAAGGAGUACUCCCCUCUCAUCCUUGGUCCCGCUUUCUCCCUGAGUUACGGCAUGGGCUUCGCCGGUCUCAUCUCGACCCUCACCCACGUCGCCCUGUUCUACGGCAGCGACAUCAUUGCCCGCACCCGCUCCGCCAAGAACCAGGAGGCCGACAUCCACCUGAAGCUCAUGCGCAAGUACAAGGAAGCUCCCGAGUGGUGGUUCUUCUCCAUGUUCGUCGUCAGCUUCGUCUUCGGCAUGGUUGCUUCUCAGGUCUGGAAGACUCACUUGACCUGGUGGGCGUACAUCCUCUGCAUUCUCAUCGGUGUCUUCUUCAUCCUUCCCGUCGGUAUCAUCCAGGCCGUCACCAACCAGCAGACCGGUCUCAACGUCGUCACCGAGAUGAUUGUCGGUUACAUGACCCCCGGACGCCCCGUCGCCAUGAUGUUGUUCAAGUCCUGGGGUUACAUGCUCUGCUACAACGGUCUGCAGUACGUGUCUGAUAUGAAGGUCGGCCACUACAUGAAGAUUCCGCCUCGCACCAUGUUUGCCGCCCAGUCUUUCGCCGUCGUCUGGUUGUCCCUCGUCCAGAUCGCCACCUACAACUUCCUCCGUGGCAACAUCGAAGGCAUUUGCACUAAGGAUCAGGCUCAGGGUAUUACGUGCCCUCAGGCUCGUACCUUCUAUAACGCCAGUGUCAUUUGGGGUGUCAUCGGUCCGAAGCGCAUGUUCGGAGCUGGCCAGCUCUACUCGUGGGUCAACUGGUUCUGGCUCAUCGGCUUCAUCUGCCCUGUUGCCCAGUACUUCCUCGCUCGCCGUUACCCCCGCAGCUUCCUCCGCUACGUCUUCUUCCCUGCCAUCUUCGGUGCCGCUGGUAUGAUCCCUCCCGCCACCACCUGGUGGCUCGGUCAGUGGGUUAUUGUCGGUCUCAUCUUCAACUGGUGGGUUCGCAAGCGUUUCUUCGGCUGGUGGACUCGCUACAACUACGUCCUUUCCGGAGCUCUCGACAUUGGCACCGCGCUUUGCAUCGUCAUCUCUGGCCUUGCACUGGGUCUUUCAAACACAGAAUUCCCUUCUUGGUGGGGUAAUACUGUGUUUGCGAACAACUUGGACAACGAUGGCGCCGUCACGAAGCGGUUCUCCAGAAUGGCUCCAGGAAGGAACGGCCGUGUUGCUCAGAUGAGGGAAAAUGCUCCUCUACCCUCCGAUUUGUCGGCCAGUGGGGAGGAUUCAGACAACACCACCGAGGAAAUUGCAAGACCGAAAAAGCGCCAGAGAAGGAAUCCGGCCCCUGGCACUUUCGAUACCGAGGCUUCAGAGUGGCCCAGCACGGCUCUCGUCAUCGACCCUCACGACGACCGAGUUACGUCGGGAGAGUACCCUUCAUGGAGCCGGCCCCUUGGAGAGUUGCCUUUGCCUCCUCAACCUCCUGCCGGGGACCGUCUUAUGAAUGAAAGCCAACAAGCGGUUUGGGACGCGAAGGACAUGAAAGCCUCUGAGUGGCACUUGGGUCGACCGAUUCCACGCUCCAUCGGACGCCGAUACUUUGUGUCUCGCCACAAGUUCAAGCGAAUUGAAUACAAACCUUCUGGGGCGAAACUUGGCUCAAGGCGAUCAGAGCUUAUCAAGCAGCACGCUAAAGACAAGAAGGAGUCCAAAGUCGCCUUGCUCGGGGUGAACAUCUUGGUGGAUGCAAAGUCGAUGGAGCAAUUCUGGGGUAAUCUGCUCAUUCCUUAUCUUGGGUUCCCGGGUCAGAAUGAACUUUUCACCUUCCUGGACGUCGAUGUGGCUGCCGUUCUACAAGUCUUCACUGAGUUUUGGCUCACGAAGUCCGGACAACUCAAAACUGGCGUCCAGAAAACAAAGGCUAUGGGCAAGAAGAAGAACCCGGCUAAAUCCGAAGAGGCCGCUGCUGAUUCCGACGCCGGGACUCCAGAGCCAUCGACUACAGCAUCCGAAAAGGUAACUGCAAAGAGAAUGCCAUCCAGAGACAAAAUCUGCAAGUUCAUUGCUUCCCUCAGCGACGCAAAGAUGGAUUAUCUCCGGGUUCUGCUCAAGAAGAACUAUCCAGAUUUCGUUCUCAACAGAUGGGGCAAGAUCAUUCCUGCAGAAGACCUAGCGAGGACGCCAUUCGCAGAUCUAAUGCUGCAUUUUCCCGACGUUUUCCGCGAGCACAUCAACCACAACAUCGACGGCAUCACAAAAGACCCGAAACUUUUCGUCUGGGGCCAUUCGCAUGAGGAUUGGAACAGAGCUCGCAUGACAAUUGUGAAUCUGCUCCACCGAAGAAAGUCAGAGUUCCAGACGUGGGCUACCCGCUCCUUUGCGUCAUCAGCCAGCGAUCAAAUUGAGUGGGCGGGCUUAUUUACUCCUGAAGACGCCGUGGCUGCCGGAAAGGAGCAGGAGCUCAGCCGUGCCCAGGACUUCAGCCGUGCCCAGAAGAUCGGCCUUGCCGCCAUGGAAUUCGAAGAGUUGCUUCAGAGAAGCAGCACGUAUGACCCGAGUAUUGAAACUCUGGACCCCGAUGAAUGGGCUGAAGAGGAAAAGCAUCGUCGUUUCCGCGACCAACUUGAAUCCUCUGGCAUGAAGGAAGUCUUGAAACUUUACGACACCCUGUACGAGGAGGGUCUGUCUGACACUGAGUGCAAGACGCUUCGAAAUGCCAUCAACACGGAGAAGAUGCACAAGGUGUAUGCGAAGUCCCAGAACACGUCGAAGAGGGCUGACGCUGUUGAUGGGACUGCCUACCCGGAUCUUUCCGAGCAAGAGAUCAUCCAGCUAGAGAAACUCUGCGAGGAGCGAUCUUUUGUUCAGGUUGAUGAGCCCCUCGACACCCAGCUUCUAGACUCCAUCAGACAACGUCAGAUGAUGAAGUCUGUUGCAACCAGCGAAGGGAGUUGCAACAUUCAGCUUCAGAAUGUUGACUUCGCGGCCGCAGAUUCCUUGGGCGCAUUCUUGGAGUUUGACGAUUCCGAGGACAACGAGCUGGAGUGCUUGAGAAUCUCCCGCUUGCUGAUGGGAGGGGCCACGCCCCCUGACGAGGAUCUUGUCGGUAUCAGCAAAAGGGUUGAGUGCAUGGAAGGCAACACGUGGGAAAACUUCUACAUCCACAGCGAAAAGCGAAAUGUCAAGCUCGCGCCUCACCAGCAGUGUGAUAUGAACUGGGCAACCCACAUGAUGCUCGAAUACCCUACUCACAGCUGCAUCAUUGCCAACGAGUGCGGAACCGGGAAAACGUACACUUGUCUCUUCAGCAUCGUUGAGACGAUUGAGCGUUACAUCAGCAUGAAUGCUGGUAAACCGGAUGCGAACUAUUACCCGAGCUUUUGGAACUGUCCCGCUGCCACCCUGGACCAGACUUACCGAGACAUGGACUUCUACUUCAGCGACAGGGUGAAAAUUCAUGUUUUCUAUCAGACGCCGGAUUCCGCGCCCUCUCAUCGCCGACGCGACACCAUCGCUGGAACUGAAGAGUUUAUAAGUCUCACGCGGAAGUGGAAAGACGGCGUUAAGAAUCCCAAGACGUGCCGAAACCUGGUCAUCACUUCCUACUCGACGUCGAGUAUCAGGUUGAAGAGGGCGGCCACAACAAUUCGCCCGUCGGCGAGUGGUGAAGAGAUCCUCGGUGAGGACGAUGAGGAAGACCUGAGCCCGGAAGCGGAGGCCGACAUGGAGCAGGAGAUUGCUGCCAGCACCGCGGAGACGGACCGAACAAAGACGAAGUUCACCAACCCUUGCGCCUGCGAGUGGCUGAUUGGCGCCUUUGACGAGGGGCACGCAAUGAGGAAUCCGGCCUCAUUGACAUUCCAGAUCGUGGAAGAGAUGAAGUUCAAGUUCAAGCUUAUCGCCACAGCGACACCCAUCACCUCCGGUGUUGAAGACAUGACCGGCUACUUGCGUCAUUUUUGGAACAAGGCAUUCGACUGUAUGUGCUUUGAUCUAGUUCAUUCUCCGAUUCUCAGCACUAUCUACUCCGAUCAGUACGUGGAGGCGUUUAAGAAGAAAGAUCACGACACUAUGAAGAGACUUGGGGUGCCCUUGGAUGCUCUCAUGGGCCACUCAGAGGUUCACAUUGCUCUGCAAUCCCUGAUUGAUGGCAACAGUGCUCCCGUCAGCGCGGAAGAUAGAAAGGCACGAGAUGAAUACCGCGACGCUCUCAAGGCGGGCAUCCCUGUCUACCUGCUUCAUCCGGACAAUUUUGAGGCCCUUGGAGUCCAAAUGAACUGGUCGGCUGCUUCCACCUCCCAUGCAUUCAAGCAUGUACUGAAAGAAUGCCAAAUCCGCCGUGGCAUGCUUAGCGAGAUGACUUUGCCGAAUGGAAAGGUGACUUCACCCGGACAGGAUAUGCCGGCGAUUGAGGUUCGAACCGUCGAAGUUGCUAUGGACCCAGCUGUGAGCAAAGGAGUCAUGGCUGAGGUGGCUGAGAUGGCUGAGUUGGCUGAGAUUGACGUCCAUGGACGCAGCUUGAUCAUCUCCGGGCCUUCGGAGAUUACACCACCUGAAGAGGGCGCUGGCGUUGUUGACGAUGGAAAGAAGCCCGUAGUCAAUCGCGCUGCCCUGCGGAACGCCAGUCUACUAGGAACCGACGCAAGGUCCUCUCGACUCAUCGAUCCGAAUAACCGCCUUGGACAGGCUGUACGAGGCGAAGAGAUCAAUCGAGCUUUUGCGAAGGACCGAAGCAACGGAUUACAGUGGUAUUUUUUUCUGACCAGGACUGAUCCAUCUUUCGGGUGCCCAACCGACCCUCUUUCUCUCAUUCGGUAUGCGAUCUUCCACUCUCCAAAGAUCGCCUAUGCUCUCAAUCAUGCCCUGAAGCUCAAGGCGAGAGGCAAGAGAUGCCUGGUUUACGUGAACAAUCCUCUUACCGGACCAAAGGUCAAUGCCAUCUUCAAGAUGGCAGGUCUCAAGGUUUCUUAUCUGCGAUCAGCAAUGAACCAGCAAGAGCGCGACAAGGCGAUUCUCGAUUUCAACACCCCUGGCUCCGAAGUCGACGUUAUGGUCACCUCACUCCUGCUGAGUGCCUUCGGCGCAAAUUAUCAUAAGGCGUGCCAUCACGGAAUAGUCAUUGAGAACGGGCCUAACCAGGCUACACUGACCCAGGCCUUGGGUCGACUUUGGCGUCUCGGUCAAACGCAGAGAGUGGAAUGGAUAAUUCUCCAAUGCCAGAACACCUUCGAUGCUUGGAUCGAAACAAAGAAUCUGCAACGCACCAUCGGAAGCAUUGAAGCCGAGGCUGAGAUGGACAGUCGGAUUACGGGAAAACUCAGAACCGUCUGCGCGUACGAGCUUGCGAGAAUGUCAAUCGGCGCUGCGUACUCAUACUAUCCUCGCCUAUUUCACGGAUGGCAGGACUACAGCAAGUCUGCAGUCCGUGAAGAGGGUCUUCUGUACAGCCAAGUCGCCCAGUAUGCGAUCUUACACCCCGAGGAGGCUCACAACAUUGCUGCCAGGUUGGUGGCAGGAGAUGGCGACAUCAUCCCUGAGGUGAUCAAUUCUACGGCCCCUCAAACCUAA